AGCAUGUUAUAUACUUUUAUUACUUAUUUAUUUAUAUAUUCAUUUAACACUUUUUGGUAGAAUGCAAAUUUCAUUUUUUUUUAUUUUUCAGAUUAGAUUAGCAAAUUCACGCAUCGUCUUCUUAUUUCAGAUCUUGUUAGCUUCAUACUGUCUUGCUGAAACGAAUUUGAAGAGAGGACUGCUUCUGAUUUCUGUCUUUUGUUGUAGAAAUUUGCUUUCAGAGAGACAUUCUUCGCGAUAUUUCUCAUCAGAUCUGACAGUCUCUGCGGAAAUUGCUGAUUUGAAGAACUGGGGUUUGGACAUUCCAAGGGAUUGCAUCGAUUCUCUUGGGAAUGUACUGUUUCGAAUUUUUGAAUUUCAGUUUAGAUCCUGGCUUAAUUUUGGUUUGAUAUGGAUUUUGGAUUGAUAUACGGGAAAUUCAUUUUGAGAAUCUGUUGUUUUUCAUGGAGAUUGAGUGUGUUUGAUGGGACUUGAUUGAUGUUAAUGCGGGAUAGCUAGUUGCCUCUCUAUAUAUUUCCUGUUCUGGCAGUUAGUGAUUUGGGCUGAAGGGUUUGAAAGGAAACAUGUUCUGGAGGGAACGUGAGAGAGAGGCAAAGGAGCAGAGCGGCGGUCCUCCUUGCGGGCAGGUUCGAGUACUUGUUGUUGGAGACUCAGGCGUGGGCAAAUCUUCUCUUGUCCAUCUGAUUGUGAAAGGUUCUUCCAUCUCUCGCCCUCCACAAACAGUUGGCUGUACAGUUGGUGUGAAGCACACUACUUAUGGAAAUUCUGGAAGCUCUUCAAAUAGCAUAAAAGGUGAUAGUGAGAGAGAUUUCUUUGUUGAACUUUGGGAUGUGUCAGGGCAUGAACGAUACAAAGAUUGCCGGUCUCUUUUCUAUUCACAGAUUAAUGGUGUUGUUUUCGUUCAUGAUCUCUCCCAACGAAGGACAAAAGCAAACUUGCAGAAGUGGGCUGCGGAAAUUGCAACAACUGGGUCAUUCUCAGCUCCUCUAGGAUCAGGAGGCCCCUCUGGCCUUCCUGUCCCAUUUAUUGUUAUUCGAAACAAAGCAGAUAUUGCAGCAAAAGAGGGUACAAGAGGAAGCAGUGGAAACCUUGUUGAUGCAGCUCGCCAGUGGGUUGAGAAGCAGGGUUUGCUUCCAUCUAGUGAGGAACUUCCACUGACAGAGAGUUUUCCGGGCAGUGGAGGCCUUCUUGCGGCUGCAAAAGAAGCAAGGUAUGACAAGGAAGCUGUAAUGAAGUUUUUUCGUAUGUUGAUUAGGCGAAGAUAUUUUUCAGAUGACUCACCUGCACCAAAUCCAUGGUCCAGUAUACCAGUUCAGAGAGCUGCCCGUCGUUCGAGUGAAAAUUUAAGUUUGAGUGAUGAUGAUAAUUUUUACAAGAAUACAAGCACAAGUGUUGACCCUUACAAAUACAACAUGCUCCCUCCCCUUCCUGCUCAACACAAUCUCACACCACCUCCGACGCUUUAUCCUCAGCAGCCAGUCUCCGCAUCUGAAAACUAUAACCUUCCAAGAUUUGCAUUGUCCAGCACCCCUGAAAUCAGCAGUGCCAGAUCAAAGCGCACUGAUAUCAAUGUCUGAUAUUCUCAGUUUCCGUUUAUUGCUACGAAGAAUGCAUCUUCAAAGGGGAAGGCACUGUUGGUAUUUUUUUAUGGGUAUUUUUUUGCUUGUAAGCCAAUCUCUUGAUUCUUUCAUGUAUCUGAAGGUUCUCACUUAUCACUGCUGGGUUUUUUGUUUUUUUUUUUGGUUGAAUGUAUAAUAGUUGAAUCCUUUAACAUGAAACAUAUAGUGAUUCUUUUGUAACCCUUUGUAUACAAUGACAACAUAAUUGCAUUUGCAUCAUUUGUUUAACCA